UUCAAGACAAAAAACGAUUUUACUUUACGUGAGAAGGUGUUCCUACUGCGCGUCUUUACGCACGGAGAAGGCUGCGGGAACUUAAUUGACGAAUUCUUGUAGAUAAACUUUUUUGCUGGGCAAACAUGACAGAAGAGAACAAGUCUUUGGAGCAUUCAUUCAGCCCGGCGGACAGUGACAGCUCCACGACCCCGCAUGGUUCGGACUCUGAGUCUUUGGCUUCUUCUGCGGGGCAGGACAAGCGAGGGACUCCGUCAGGAAUUACGCACAAGCCGGAGAGCUGCAGCGGCAGCCGCGCGGAGGACGAGCGCUUCCCCGCAUGUAUUCGCGACGCGGUCUCGCAGGUGCUGAAAGGUUACGACUGGUCUCUGGUGCCGGUGCCCAGCCAAGCGGAGAGAGGGCUCAAGGGCAAACCUCACGUAAAACGGCCGAUGAACGCGUUCAUGGUUUGGGCGCAGGCGGCGCGGAGGAAGCUGGCGGAUCAGUAUCCUCACCUGCACAACGCGGAGCUCAGUAAGACGCUGGGUAAACUGUGGCGGCUUCUCUCCGAAAAGGAGAAGCGUCCUUUUAUCUUGGAGGCAGAGAGGCUCAGGCUGCAGCACAAGAAGGACUACCCGGACUACAAGUACCAGCCUCGCAGACGCAAAAGCACCAAGCCGGGUCUAGGGGACUGUAGAGUAGGUCUGCUCCUGCAGCAUCAGGAGCAGCAGGACGUGUUUAAGACAGAGCCGGGGGUGGCCAGACUGGAUGGGACAGGGGACACACAUCAUCAUUACCAUCUAGACAGGACAGGUCAGUCCCAUGGACCUCCAACUCCUCCCACUACCCCUAAAACAGACCUUCACAUGGGGAGCAAACACGACGCUCAUCGACUUGUGGAGGGCAGCGGCAGCUCUGCUCCUCCAUCCAGCCGUCAGAACAUUGACUUCAGCAAUGUGGACAUCUCAGAGCUCAGCACUGACGUCAUCAGCACCAUCGAAGGAUUUGACGUCCAUGAGUUUGACCAGUACUUGCCUCCUAACAGCCACGGCUCUAUUGUUCUACCAGGCAUGGACGCCAGCCAUUCACAUAACAACCCCCCGGGAGCGUUCAUCCUACCCAGCAUCCACUCUCACUCCCACAGCAGCCCCAUCUGGACUCCCAAAACUUCUCGUGGAACUUCCACUGGAAUACCACCAUCUUCUUCUAGCAGUGACACACAUGAGCCCCGUGAGGACGCUAACCACAAACCUCAGAUCAAAACAGAGCAGAUGAGCCCAGGUCACUACAGCAGCUCCUCCUCCUCCACUCCUCCGCCGCCACAACCGGAGUGCACCUCCCUCAGCUCAGGCGCCUGCCCUUCCUCCACCACCUCCACGUCUUCCGCCAGCCAGUUUGACUACACUGACCUUCAGAGCUCCAGUCUCUACAGCGCCUUCUCUGGGUACCCUGCCAAUCUGUAUCAGUACCCCUACUUCCACUCCUCCAGAAGUCCCUACGCCACACCGCUUAUCAACAGCCUGGCCUUGGCUCCAUCUCCGCACAGUCCUCCCUCUGGCUGGGAACAACCGAUCUACACAACACUUACCAGGCCUUGAAGACAAGGAUACAAUAAAAUAGGUCGUAUAGACAAAAAGUACACAGUGUGUUAACUGUGAAGGUGUUUUCAGAGAUUAGUUAACAUUUUGACCUCCUGAAGAGAUAUCUCAGAGGGCUUUCUAUUAGCUGAAUGGCUCAUUAAAUUAGAUUUUUUAAUUUUCUCGGGAAAA